AUGGGAAACCUCGUUUGGCACGAAUACGCUCGCUUCGUCUCCAUCGCCGCCAACUGCUAUGCGAUGUGGGCCGCGUUUUGGGGCAUCUACUACCGCAAGUUCUUCUGGGACUUCCUUCACGGUAUCGUUCGUGCCCCGGGUGGUAUUCAGCCCGCCGCGAGCGACAGCAUCUUUAUCUCGAUCAUCGUCAAGGCUCCCGUCGUCCAGCUCCUCUCCUUCGUGCUGGCGUUCGUCAUCCUUUCUCUUGAACGACCGCUGCCAUUCUUGAAGGACUCUUCCAUCCAUCGGAGCUUCCCCAUUCGGAUCGUUUUGUUGUUGUUGCAGACCUUCCUCGGGAUGUUGUUUUAUCAGCUCCCCGCGAGCUUCGAGGCCGCGCGGGCGGCGGGCGACCUCCACUUCUUCCCCUCCACCGUGCACACCCACGCCGAGGACGGGAUCGACUUCGAGAUCCGGCUGUGCCCCGCGCUGCAGAAAAAGCCGGCCGCACCCGCACCCGAGUUCGACGCGGUCGAGGACGCGAGCCCGGCCAAGGCGCCGCAAGACCCGUUCGCGCCCCCGUACACCCCGGGCCUCUUCCUGGGCGAGGUCAAGGACGAGUUCGAGGGCCGCGAGUACGUCGUCUUGUUCAACAAGUACUCCGUCGUACCCCACCACUUCCUCAUCGUGACCAAAGAGUUCCAGUCGCAGACCGCGCCGCUGUUCCCCGCGGACCUCGUCCAAGUCUACCUCUUCCUCGUCGCCGCCAAGAAGGCGGGCCGCACCUUCUUCGCGUUCUACAACUGCGGCGACCUGAGCGGCGCGAGCCAGCCCCACAAGCACGUCCAGAUCCUCCCCCUCGACGACCCCGACGGCCCGCCCGUCGAGAAGCUCGCGCGCGAAGCCAAAACCGACCGCGAAGACCAGCCCUUCAGCCUCCCGCUCCCAUACGCGAACCACGUCCGCCGCCUGCCCGCCUCCCUCCCGCGCGCCGCGCCGGAAGCGCUCGAGCCCGCGCUCGCCGCGGCGUCCAUGGCCGUGCUCGACCUCGCGAUCCAGACCGUGCGCCACGCGCCCGCGCACCCGCGCGGCCCGCCGUCGUACAACGUGCUGCUCACGCUCGAGCACGUGCACUGCGUGCCGCGCGCGCGCGAGUGCGCCGCGCUCGCGCUCGCGCCUGGUGGCGACGCGCUCCCCGUGAACGCGCUCGGGUUCGCGGGGAUGCUGCUCGUCAAGGGCGAGCGCGAGAUGGACGCGGUGGUCGCGCGGGGGGUGCGGAGCGUGCUGGCCGAGAGCCCGAACAUGCCGAGCCGAGCCGGGGUCGACGAGGCGAGCUUGGUGCAGAACCGAGGGGCGAAGAGCCGAGAACUUGCAUGCCCCGCGGGCGUCCAGAACGUCGAAGCACGAGGAAUCGGGGCGAGCGAACCGGAGGCGGAGACCCGAGACGUCGAGGACUUGACGAACACAUCACACUGA